AUGGCCCACAUCAAGGAGACUGUCCCCUUCGAGCCGAAGAACAUGAUCUACCGGAACCUCGGAGACACUGGCCUCCGCGUUCCCGUGUUCUCGUACGGCGGAUGGCUCACCGUCGGCGGAACGCAGAAGGGCGAUGUCGUCAAGGACCUCAUGCAGAAGGCCUUUGAUCUCGGCAUCAACAUGUUCGACAACGCGGAAAUCUACUCGGACGGCCAGAGCGAGCUUGAGAUGGGCCGCGUGAUCAAGGAGCUCAACUGGGACCGCCGCGACAUCAUUGUCACCACCAAGGUAUUCUUUGGUACCUCGCGCCAGGAGAAGCAGAACACGCGCGGUCUGAGCCGCAAGCACAUUAUCGAGGGCACCCUGAGCAGUCUUGAGCGUCUGCAGCUCGACUAUGUUGACGUCAUCUUCGCCCACCGCCCGGACAUCACCACCCCGAUGGAGGAGACGGUGCGCGCUUUCAACUGGCUCAUCGACAACAACAAGGCUUUCUACUGGGGCACGUCUGAGUGGACGGCCGCACAGAUCAUCCAGGCCAAGGAGAUUGCUGCGCGCCUGAACAUGGUCGGGCCUGUGUGUGAGCAGCCUCACUACUCGAUGCUGCACCGUGAGCGCUUCGAGGUCGAGUACAAGGACGUGUUCAAGCGCGGCCACGGAUCGACCAUCUGGUCGCCCCUCGACUCGGGCAUCCUCACAGGCAAAUACAACGACGGCAUUCCCGAGGGCUCGCGCUUCGCUACCAACUCGGCCUUCUUCACCAACACGGUCAAGGAGCUGCAGACCGACGCGGGCAAGGCUAAGAUCGCAAAGGUCAAGGCCCUCACAAAGGUCGCUGAGAGCAUCGGCGCGAGCAUGACCAACAUGGCACUUGCGUGGACCCUCCUCAACCCCAACGUCUCGACGUGUAUUCUUGGCGCCACCAAGCCUGAGCAGCUCGAGGAGAACGUCAAGGCACUCGACGUGUACAAGACACUGCUCGAGAAGCCCGAGGUCGUUGCGGAGAUUGAGAAGAUCCUCGACAACAAGCCCAAGCCCACCGAGAGCUACGGGCGCCUGGGCCGUGACGACGUCGGUGUGGACUACCUCCCACCACGCCGCGCGCGACUCUGA